AUGGCACCCCCUAGCAGCUUCGAGAUCGUCCCAGCUCAAACCGCCGAAGACUUUGCAACAGCUAGGACCUUGUUCAGGGCUUAUGCUGAAUCGCUCGGUAUCGACCUCACCUUCCAGAGCUUCGAAUCUGAACUACAGAACUUACCUAGCCAGUAUGGUUCUCCGUACGGAGCAUUGCUGCUAGCUUACGGAAUUGAUCCUAAGGUUCCCCUUGGCUGCGUGGCCGUUCGUCCACUCGUCAACAAAGGGCAUCAAGCCACGGAACCCCGAAACGAAGUCAAAUCGUGCUGUGAGAUGAAGCGGCUGUACGUGUCUCCUGAAGCACGGGGGAUGGGCCUCGGAAAGGCUCUCGUGGAUGCAAUCAUCCAGAGGGCCAAGGACCUGGGGUAUCGUGAAAUGAGACUCGAUACUCUGCCGUCCAUGGCUGGAGCGCAGCAACUCUAUAGACGUGCUGGGUUUGUCGAGAUACGAGCCUACUAUGAGACGCCUCUGGAGGGGACUCUGUUUCUCGGAUUAGAUCUUCAUUGA